AUGUAUGACACGACGCCAGAAGAGCACGCGAAGAUUGUCACGUCGUCGCCAGAGAAUAAUCUGUACAUCAGAAUUCCUUUUCCUUUGAGGCAGUCACUACCUGAUGCAGUUCUGAAGGCUGCCAGUGAGAGAUUACAGAAGUUCGUGAAGGAAACAUUCUGGUGCAAUCAGGAGUUUUACAAGUGCACACUGGCAGCCAUUGCUUUGGCCAAGCGAGGCGAAAACAUUGAUCGCUGCUUCAUUGGCGAAUCGUCAGGGGGCACGGGGCAGUCGUUGUUUAGUUGUCAUCUUGCGGCGGUUUAUGCGCAUAACCAUCAGUUCAUCGAUCCCAACAUCUUCUACAAGGAGGAAGAGCUUCGCAAGAGACUGGAACAGUUUGCGCACUGUUCCAUAGUUACCGCGCAAGAAGCUCCCGAAACGAACCGACAUUUCCAGCAAGAUCUGUAUAAGAAAUUUAUGUCGGCCGACGAGUUGGCAGGUCGGAAGCCAUAUGGUUAUGUGACGAAAAUGAUGAGAGUUAGCGGUUUCAAAAGGUUUGAAACCAACAAGAUCAUGUCAUUCAAGAAUGUUAUGGAGAAGAACUUCAACUCUAUAUACAGACGCUGCCUGGUCUGGAACCCGAAGCCCAUUUUCGUUGACGACACCGCAUUUGGAGAUGGCUACCCUGACCCGCAGGCCGACGGGAUCUUCCAAAAGGAUCCUACUCUACGCAGCUUCCUUGAAAGCGGUCCUGCCAUUGCUGCUGCCAUCGUGCAGCAGCAUGGCUUUGAAUCGCACUUCUCAAGACAGCAGUGCAUUAAAACAAUCGAGGAUUAUGCCAUGAGUGGACUCACCGAGCGCAAGGUGAGAGCGGCAUGUGGUUUGCGUCCACCGGAGGACGAGCCCACGGUCGAAAAGGAGCAGACCGCCCUCGUGGCCAUCCUCAAGCACAACGAUGACGAGGCUGACGAGUCUGCGGAUCAAGAGGCCACACCUUUGGCAAAAGCACACGUGGCUCUAACGAAGUUUUUGUUGACCACGAAAAAGGCCACGAUGACGAAGCCCUGGUGGUCUCGCUUUUCUAAGCCCAAGCUGGGUGUCAACCCUAAAGAAGUAACGUUGGAUGAUUUGGUCAAAGAAAACCUUCUGCUUCCAGCUGACACAAAGUCAGAGCCAGAAACAUUCAUUCCCAUGAUACCGUGUGCGAAGUCUCUGGACGAGAUUUUCGAGGUGGGAUACGACUCCGAAACUACGUGGAUACGGGAACAUCUCCAUGCCAGCAAGCUGUGGGAAGCGGUUGAAGGCAACCCGGGCCGCGGUGCGAAUGCUGAGGUGCUGCAGCAGUUCUACACACAGGUCUUGAAAAAGUUAGAGUCUGGCAAAGGUCGCAAGUCCCAGCACCAGCAUGACAUUAUUGCCGUCUGGCGUUCCUUGUCGGAGAAAUUGAGCAAGCACGAAGACUGUGCCCGCGCUGUACUGGAAAAGCUAGAGAAUCAAAUCUCUGCUGUUGCUAGUUCACAACCAGCGUCACAACAGUUAGCAACUACGCCUUCUCGACGCCGUCGCAAGAAAAUGCCAGCGACUGCCGAAGUUGAAGAUGCACCUGCAUCUGAAAGCAAUAUUGUAUCUGGAAACCCUUUCCAGAAGGACUCAGGUUUCGUUGGUAUUGAUGUGCCGUACAAGUACAAGUUAGAUGGCUUGCGUUCUCGCAGAUACGGAGAUCGCUUUUCAGUACAGAAUCUGGGCACAGCAUGGCAGGCUGUUGCGCUGCACGAGACCAUGGACCUGGACAUUGAGAACUGCUCCUUCGCGCUGCUGUAUCAGAUUAUGACAAAGUUGAAGCCGCAACACCAAGCUUGGCCACAGGUCAAAAACACACUACGUGCUUGCAGUGAACAGCGAAAAGAGAUCAUUGAGAAGAAGCUCAAGUUGAGUUUAUCGGAAGGCAAACUCCUUAUGCAGAAGGUACUCAAUGGCGGUGUGCCUCCCGACGAGCUCGCAGAGAAUGAGUUUAUACAGGAGCUGCAGCGAGCAUCGUUGUUCUGUCGCUGGGUCGCCGCCUCAACGCUGAAGGAUUUGGUUUGGACAAGUCUUUUGCGCUCCAAAGACAGACCAGAUGUCUCGGUUCUUACCUAUUUCUGGAACGUUGCAGAGGAUGUAGUGCUGGAAGCCUGGCUUGGGAAAGUGAUUCCUCUGGGAAGCAAGCAUCUCUCGCUUCACUUUGACGGCAUCAGACUGGAUCGCUCCGUUGCCCACGGUGACGUAAACUCCUUUUGUCAGAGCUGUGCCGAAGCCAUCUACAACGCUACAGACCUGCUUGUCACAAUUCGAGAAAAAGAGCAUCACAGUUUCAGUGGCUUCUUGAAGAACAUUACCGACAGUGCAGCAGUUGAGUGUCCUGAAAUUCUUUGUGAAACUGGAAACUGCAUACUGGCAGCUCUGUAUCACCUUGGUUUGCAGGAGUCGGCACUCUCUAUGGCCUCGAUGACCGAAGGGCCCGAACACGCGUUUUUCCGCAGACGCCGGCAACGAAAGUAUGUAGACGUUGCCGAGAAGCUGGAGCUCUCGAUCUAUCCCCGAAUACAACCAAGCGUUCUCAAGUCUGGGCAAAAGGUUUUGCUUCACAUUGCCUACGACGGGAAUCCACACUGUGUGGCUUUGGAAAUGCUAACAGGUACUCAAGUACGCAUUACAGACGUGAAGGUCAGCUACAACUGUUCUGCGCAACAUCUCCUGCAUAUGUUAUCGGCAGCCAGUGACCGCAAGUACAUCUUGUUUUUCCAUCUGCAGCAAAAGCCAGGUAAAAAUGCAGGCGAUGCACUAGACGAUGAUUAUGAAAGUCUGUUGGAAAGUAUGGCAGGUGGAAGCGAGGAAGAUCUUGAGGAUCGCUUCGUUUAUGACUUGGACGUUCAAGAAAAUGCCGACGAAGAUGACGAUGAUGCGUCCUUGGCCGACGAGAGCAUUACCCAAGUUGGUGAUGAGUUACUGCAAUAUUUGAAGGAUGAAGUUCAGAAGCACCUGAACGGCUGCCUUCGACGACGUGGCAAGAAAAAACAGACUGCUCGUUGUCCCUUCUGUCCGUUCCGAUCGUGGCCGAUCAGCAAGAAGGCACGAGUUCUGGAACAUGUGCGUCUCUAUCACUCACCGAGAAAACAGUUUGUUCCAAGUGGCACAAAGCAAUUGAAGCUGAUCAUUGCUCUUCAUGACUACGACCAAUGUCAGGGUCGUGAUCGAGGCAACUACCUUUAUCGGAGCAGCCGAAUUCUACGGAACACCGUCACUCCGCCACUAUCCUCGAAGCAUGUGUUGGUGGAUCGUGAGCUGAGACUCGUACUCACAGCACAAGGCCCUGAAUUCUGGAAUGUUUUGGCAGUGCAGCAGCAACCUUUGCGACGAGUUCGAAAUUUAUACUACACACAUGGCUUUGGUCAAAUCCUUUACCGAGAGAUGCUUAUUUGUAAAGCCAAGGUCUAUGCGUUUCAUGCACGCAUGAUGACGCUGUUUUCGCCAGAGACUUGCAGUUUGUUGCCGCGUCACAGCAAGCACUGGUGGCCGAUCGUGGAAGAUGUUUUUAUGUCAAAGAAGCCGAAGGAGCUUAAGUCUCACUUGCUGGACGAAAUGCUGUUCCAUGAAGAGUUCCAAGUCCUCAGCAUGGAUGCAACGCUUCGCUGCUGUCUUUCGCUUAUGGGACAGGCGCAUCCCAGAGCUCGGAGGGAAGUGAAGGACUCGGCAGUUUUCGUUGGGGACGAGGUGCUUACCUGCCGUGGCCGCAGCAACGCCGUGGUGCUACUGCAAGCAACCUCCUCGGAUGAAACUGACGUGCUGGUGCAAACUCUUGCUGAGCACUUACAUCCGAAAGCCCUGGCUCAGAUUCAGUUUCUCUCAGUGGACAACCCGUCACAGAAGCUUUUCCGGGAGGCGAAAACUAUCUGUCCAAAUCUGCAGCUGCUGGCACUCGAUCCAACGCACCUUGCCAUGACAUGCGAGUAUGCAUCAAGCAGAAAACGCACGGCGGCAACCAAAUGUUUGCGUUUGAUCCUCCGCAAACUUACUGCGCGCGACAAUCUUUCGGCUGCUACAUGGGGGCCUGUCUUCACCGGCAGUAACGCCAAACCUCUUACCCGUGAAGAAGAAAAGGCUCGCAAUCAGAUUGAAGACAAGAGCAUGCGUAAGGUGCAGGCAGAAAGCAUUUUGCAGAACCUGGAUCCUGCGAAGCCGUUUCUGCUACGCUUGGACUGGAUUCAAGCUCUCGCGGCGUUGGCAUCCGUUCAUCGCAGCGAGAUGGACAGACUCGCUCCGGGCCCGAACAGGAAGAUCUACCAGUUGCUGCACACAGCUUCGGCGCCGAACAGAUCAGGUUGGUAUUUCAACAAUCUCAUCAUGCGGCACCUGCUUUCAGCGGAGCGGCUGUCGAUGAUGCCCAUUGGCACAAGCAGCAAUGAAGCGCUCCAUCACGAAAUCAAUAAUUGGUUUCGGGAGACGCAGAAACUUCAUAAGGCCACGUUGACGCUGAAGCUUGAAAUAAUGAAUCGUGAGUAUGAUAAGCAGAACGCUAUAGUCUGCCUGGGCACUGAGAACAGCAGCCAAGAAAGCUCAGAUCACGGAAGAAAGCUGUUGCUGGGCCCCCUGGAGUGGGAUGAGGCAGCAGUGACCCGGAGUAUGAGCAAGGACGAUUGGAAGAGCUCAGAUCACGGAGGGAAGCUGUUGCUGGGUCCCCUGGAGUGGGAUGUGGCAGCAGUGACCCGGAGUAUGAGCAAGGACGAUUGGAGGAGCUCAGAUCACGGAGGGAAGCUGUUGCUGGGUCCCCUGGAGUGGGAUGGGGCAGCAGUGACCCGGAGUAUGAGCAAGGACGAUUGGAGGAGCUCAGAUCACGGAGGGAAGCUGUUGCUGGGUCCCCUGGAGUGGGAUGGGGCAGCAGUGACCCGGAGUAUGAGCAAGGACGAUUGGAGGAGCUCAGAUCAUGGAGGGAAGCUGUUGCUGGGUCCCCUGGAGUGGGAUGGGGCAGCAGUGACCCGGAGUAUGAGCAAGGACGAUUGA